AUGGAGCGAAGUCGCGGUGUCCCGGACGAGGAGAUGUUCCUCAACAAGCCUGCUCCCGACGACUGCGACAGCCCGACCAUCGAGCCACUGCGUAUCUUCAAACCCCAGAGCCCCCAGCCCGCCAAGGACAGCAGGUCCUCCUCCUCCACCUUCAGAUACCCGGCGCCUCCUUCGUCCACGUCUCCCAUCUCUAAGCACUCCUUCCCUCUCCCUCCAGGUGCCUCGAGCUCUGCUGCCCCCCUGCCCUUCCCGGACGACGACGACAUUCGUAAACCAACUCCGGCAAAGCCCUUUGGUUCAGCCUAUAAUGAUACCAGCCCUCGUCUAGAGACAAGUCCCCAGGGAAAGAAGCCUGGCCUUGCCGAGCGAAGAGGUGCUGUUCCGAAGCCCAUCUCUUCCCCUACGAGCCCCGAUGCCGACCAGGAUCUCUUUCAGCGUCCCAUAGCAGAUCAUCAACGUCCGGGUUCAUCCAACGCCAACUAUCCCAGCUACCAAAAGACAUACUACCCACCACCCGGUGCCGCCGAGGCCCCCCACCCCCCGGCGAAGACUGCCGUUGAGCAAAUAAAGAUGGAUGGCUCCGGAGUGAAUCGCUUUGCUUCAAACGCCUCGACCUCAACCACCCGGGCCAGCCGGGGUUCCCCUCCUCCCCCCGAAACCCCGGUCGAGGAGCCCGGCCAUGUACCGGCCGAUGCUAUCGAGGCCCGGUAUGCCGCCGCCGGUAUUUCCGGCACUGCGACGCUCAACAGCCUCGGCGCUCCCAGCGCUGCCGCCACCCAGCGACUUGCCCAAUAUGGAAAUCAUCCUCCGCCUCAACGGCCGUGGACGCCGACAGAGUCGCCGGACCAGGCGCCAUCCGGACCUCCGACUGUUUACCAGGGCAUGAAUGCCAUUUCAAGUCCUCCCCCGACUAAAGUCAGCAGCAACACAUGCCGCCACCGCAACCCCAGCAGCAGCCUCAGAAAUCUCAGGAACCCCAUGGACUUCGAACGCAUGAGCACAAACUCGCCUCCUCCUGCAUACUCAAGCUUAAACACAGGCUCUGGCUCCUCCUAUCCAAACGAGAAACAGCGCCCUCAACAGCAACAGCAGCAGGCACAACAGCCGCAACCCCAGCAGCAGCAGCAGCAGCAACAGCAGCAGCAACAGCAACAGCAACAGCAACAUCCUGCGCAUGCAUCAUCCUCAACUCCUGCAGCGGCCGUGGCAGCAGCCGCAGCGACAGCGGCGACCGCAACUGCUGCUGCGGGCCUUGCCUCGCCCGCUCUCCAACAUCCUGGCCACCCAGCAUUUGCCAAUGACCCUCACCCUGAGCAGAAUGGACAAAGCUCGCAGCAAGCAGCCGCUGCUGCUCAGCCUUUUGAGGCUCAAAAUCCGGCUUCGCCUCCUCCCUUGCCUGAAGGAUGGAUAGCACACCUCGACCAGAACUCUGGCCAGUACUAUUACAUCCAUCUCGCAACCCAAGCUACGCAGUGGGAAUUCCCCAAGGGACCAAACCCCAUGACGCAUGAGCAAGCCCCUCUGUCUCCCACGGCCUCCACGUAUGGAAACCCGCUAGGAUCACCUGGCAUGUUUGGCAAACAGAAUAUGGCUUCGCCCAUGUUCCCACCCCAUACUCCAGGCUAUGCCGAGAGCAUUAUGAGCGUGGCCGCUUCGGCUACUCCCACAGCUGCUGGAUUCACAGGCCCCCCACCCAGCGCUGGCGUUGACAUGUAUAGAAUUCAGCCUACCAAUGGCGUCUAUUUUGGCCCAUACCUUCGAUAUGUCAACAUGGAUAUCGAAAAGGGCCUCUGGCUUGGAAGCAUUCUUGUCGUGACGGAUGCUCCUCAGCCCCCGACAAUCCACCUCCACUUGAGUAUGGAUCUGUCACCAAAUCCCAGACAGCUUCAGCCUCGUCCUAUCUUCACGCACCAGAGGUGGAAGUUUUAUAAAUAUGAUGUUGAGCUCCCCAUGUCUGAAACUGGUACCGAACGAUGGACAUACGCUGUCACGUCCCAUCUGGGCUGCACCCGCUAUGAGUUUGUUGUCGCUGGACGUCAAGAAACGAGCUGGCGUUUCAUCGCACACUCUGGCAAUGAUUUCGCCUCUGGCACAUCACAGAAUGAGCGUGCCAAGCUUGGCGGCGUCGGAUUCAUGUGGAAGGAUGUCCUCCAGAAGAAUGUCGAAUGCGGUGGAUUCCACGUUCAGCUGGGCUUGGGAGACCAGAUUUACGGUGAUCGACUUUGGAAAGAAGUGCCUCUUCUCAAGCAAUGGCUUGCCAUGAGUGGCCGCGAGAACAAGAAGAAUGUCCAAUGGACAGCCCGCCACGAGGAAGACGUUGCUCAUGCCUACUUCCAUUACUAUACCAGCCACUUUGACCAGCCAUACCUGCGGGAAGCGUUUGCGCAGAUCCCUCACAUCCUGCAGAUCGAUGAUCAUGACAUUUUCGAUGGAUACGGUUCCUACCCUGACUAUAUGCAGUCGUCGCCCAUGUUCAAGAACAUUGGCCGAAUUGCAACGGAAAUGUAUCUACUCUUCCAGCACCACACCACGGUCGAGAUGCUGCGAAACGUUAGCACAGAUCACGACAUCUUCACGGUUACCGGAACGGGUUGGCACUUUGUCAAGUUCCUUGGACCGGCUGUGGUGGUUGUUGGCCCUGAUUGUCGAUCAGAGCGUACUCAGGCCCAGGUCAUGGCUGGCCCGACCUAUCAAGGCAUCUUCCCCAAGGUUGCCACGCUGCCUCCUAGUGUACAGCACUGUAUCUGGAUGGUCUCUGUGCCACUUGUCUAUCCUCGCCUGGAUACAGUGGAGAGUCUUGCCAACACUAUGGCCGUGGGUAAGAAGGCGGUCAACACAACGUACAACAUUCUGGGCAAGGUGACAAGCUCAGUGGCUGGCGUGGUCGGUGGCAAAGAGGUUGUUGCCCAGGGCUUCUCGCAGGUUAAGAAGGCCGUUGGCAAGACUGGUCUCAUGGGCAACGUUCUGAACCAGUUUGGUGAGCUUGAUAUCCAAGAGGUGCUCAAGGAUAUGUGGACGCAUGACACCAAGGAUCUCGAGAGGACUUACUUUAUUCGAACGCUCCAGGGCAUCGCACAGCAGAAGGGAAUCCGAAUGACCUUCCUUUCUGGAGAUGUCAACGCCUCAGGAGCGGGACUGGUUCACGAUCCCACUCACCCUGGUGACCACAAGACCAUGUACCAGAUCAUCUCGUCGCCAAUCGUGGCGGCGCCCCAGAGCAACUAUGUCCUCAAGAUGUUGCACAAUCAGAAGACGCUGUACGUGCCUCAGAAUGGCAAGAAGUCGACGCACGAGGUGUCGGACACCAAGGAGGACAUGAUGGAGAUCUUCCACACUGAUGCCAGUGGUGCCGCGCGGGAACUCAAGAAGCUUAUGGGCCGCCGAAACUACGUCGCUGUCGUGUCGUAUGAUCAAGACGCCCUGGCGGCGCAGAGCCAGGCAGCCUUUAGCCCCAACCCAAGUCUGAACGGCUCACAGCACGGGCAGGGCCUGUCCAAGGUCAGCCUGGCUGUCGAUUUCGUGGUACAGGGUGACGGGGCCUUUACAGCGCCGACCAAGUACGGUCCCGUCAUCAUCCCUCACUUGGAGUAUGGACGAUGAGGGAACUAGAAGAGCUGGAUGUUGAUCCUGAGGAGGAUGGAGUUGGUGACAGGUUUCGGGCAUUUGGUGUUGCACAUGUAGCGGCUUAUAUGACUUGACGAAGACUUGCUUAUACAUUUGGAUAUACCUUGAUGUUGAAUACCUAUUUUUGGACAUGAUAAUAUCCCUUAUCAC